AUGUCAUCUGCCUCCUCUCUUAUCCUCUUCCUCGUCGCCGUCUCAGUGGCCUCGUUCUUCGGUGCAGCCAGAUCAGACGGUAAGUUCGUUCUUCUUUUCUCCAUCUGUUGAUCGUAUUUUUCUCCCACAUUCUUGAUCAGCAGCGCGGGAUGUGGGAUUGAGAGGUUUCCCUUUCGUUUUCUGUCUUCAUCGCGGGCACUGUGCCGUGGUAACUAUGGCGCUGUUGCGCGAUCCUGUUACUCAGCUCGUAACCAGCAUGCUUUUCUAAUAUACACGGCAAGGUCACCGAUAUAAUCUCAAUAGGACAGAUCUUGCUUCUGUUGAAUGUCAGUUGACCACUCCUUAGGAUUGCCUGUGCGAGCUUUGUAUCCUUGCCAUUGCUAGGUGGAGAUGAAUAGGGGAAGAACAAUGGGUAGAGAGAGAGAGAGAGAGAAAUUGUAGGUUACCGUAGUCGAGCCUCAGUUAAAGAUCUGUAAAAAUUACAUUUCCCUCAUCUAGGUGUGUGAACUUUGGAUCAUUGCGAUUGCUAGGUGGAGCUGAAUAGAGGAAGAACAAAAGGUAGAGAGAGAGAGAGAACAGCAUGGAGUUGCCAUCUUCCAAUAGUUAGAACAACUACAAGCAUAAUACAUUGAUCCUCCACUGGCCUUGGAGGCUAAAGUCUCCUCAUCACCUUUGCCACUCUCCCUCAUUAAAUCACGAGCUACCCAUCAAGUUUCUCUGGUGCUAAGUAGAUCCAUCACGCCUUGUAGAUGAUAUGAACUUUGAUUCCAUUAUAGGAGCAAGAUUGCAGGUGGGUCAACUGAAGAGCCUGUAGAUUCUCUUUCACAGGAUGAAAACACUGAGGACACUGCGCAACUUUUUCUAGAUGUGAUUGACUUUUUCUGCUUAAAGCAUUGUUGUCGUAAUUGACUAUUUAUAGUAGUAAAAGAGGGGGCAGCAUUCUGCAGGGGUUGACUGAGCACGGAUGCAGCUGAAAUGCUAAGUUUAUGUGGAAAGUGGAGGUUCAGGUUCUUGAGAAAGAAUAAUGACACUGAUUAUGAGGAGACUUUUCAAAGGGGAACAGGAGAAGUCAACCCGCCUAUCAGUUAGUUUUUCCUUAAGACCAUAUAUCUUACUAGAAACUGACUUCAGUUUGAUAAUAUCAAACUGAGACCCGAAUCAUGGGGAAUCCGGUCAACUGCGGCCAAGAAUUCUGACUUCUUCUAGCCCAAGAAGACGACCAAAGAAUCUCUCUCCUUUGACCACCUACCAACAAAUGAAUUAAUUAGCUCGACCUAACUCUCUUGAGAGUCCACAGAUGCCGAUGAGCAGCUGCUCCGAGACAUCAACAGCUACCGGGCGUCCCUGAACCUGUCAGUGCUAACGGAGAAUGAGAACGCCGACUGCUUGGCCGAUGAAAUCGCCAACAAGUUCGAGGGGCAGCCGUGCACCAAUUCGACCGGCUCCAAUGCCAUCCUCGGCUCCGAGGGCCCAAUCCCGGAUUACCCAACCCUGCUGUCCCGCUGCAAGCUCGACAUCUCGGUCACCAAGGACGCCGCCAUCCUCCCCGCCUGUGUUCCCGGGCUCGUCCCCAGCAUCGUCCUCACCAAUUUCACCAAAUCUCAGUACAAUCAGCAGCUUAAUGACAGCCGCUAUGUCGGGGCCGGCGUUGCCUCUGAAGGAAACUGGGUGGUGGUUGUCCUGAGCACCGCCACCCCGCAGGGGAACCUCUCCACUGUCCAGGGCAGCGGCAGCGGCGCCGCUGCCGCCGUGAGAGCUCCAGUCGCCUCUGGUCUGCUGUUCUUCGCCGUCUAUCUCUUUGUGACCGCGAUGAUCUGA